CAAAGAGUUCUGACGAAAUGGAUAGCAGCCUUAGUAUAUAUAUAAGAUGCAUCAGCUUGAACCUUCGAGGUUAGCGCCAACCUUAAUUUCACAUCACCUCUCUCGUACUCACACAACACUUUAUACUCCUACAUUGCAACGUCAAUCUCUCUUCAACUGAAGUCCGUACGACAACAUUUACAGCAAUUAUAGCGACAACAACCGUGAGUCGCACAAUGGCAGAGCAGCGACAACCACAACAACUUAUCGAUCUCACCAGUCUGUCAAGCCAGUUCCGCAGCGCCGUCCAAGGCCUCAGUCACGAAUGGGGCUUCGUCGUCGUGCGCACCGCUUAUACCGCCGACAAUGACGAGGCAAAGUGGGCGGCCGUCUUAUCGAAACUGCGUGCCUAUGCUGCUCCCGACUCCUCUCCCGCCGAAAUGGACCCCGAUAGCUUUGCGCUGCCCGUCAUAGCCGACGGCAUCCUCCUGCGCGGCGCCGACUUCGCCUCAGUUCGCAAGGCCUUCAACGGAUGGGUUGACGAUUUCACAAACCGCGAGAGGUCUUCGCGUGCACGUGACGACGACAAGGAGAAGGACGAUGAGGAGUGGCCGUCGGACGUCCGCCGCGACUGUUGCAUAAUCAUCGACGAGCCUGCGCUGGCUUCACUGCUCAAGGCGCCAGACUUUGUUCCUGGCAAGAUUCCGGAGCUCGAUCAGGAGCCGUGGGUCGUCGUCCUCGACGCUGCGGACCCGAAGAACGCACCUUACCGUGGCGGAGGGCCGUACUUGGGCUUCACGAGAGCGCAUGCGCGUGUCUUGAGCCAGCUGUAUGAUGACCUCGGCUCGCGGUCUUUGGCGAGCCUGACUCCUGUGAGAGAGUACGAUGGCCAGAUCCCGCUUUAUGACGGUUCUUCCCGGGGAAAGCUUGUCGACCCGGAGGGUGGGGUGCAUGGUCGAUACAAGUUUCCCCGGGGCACGCCUAGAGGAGCAGAAGGCGCGCGGGCUAUGUUGGAAGAGAUUGAGCGGGCUGUGGGCAGUUGACGAACGUUGAUCCUUCGGGUGUGU